UGCGUUUCCUCUUACAUGGGAACAAAAUUCAGAAACUCAUUCUAGGGCACAGAAGCUACUCACUGCACCUGUUGAAAAGAAAGAAAAGAUUACAAUGGAAAUGCGCCAUAAGAGUGGACUACAAUUCACACCAACAUAUGAAGAUCUAGAAAUGUACACCCUUAAAUUGCAUUAUAAAUGUCGGUGGGUGUUUGAGCCGGAGAUGAACUAUGUUACACAAAUAACCUACUAUGAUUACUGUAAGGGAGGUGAAAAUUCUAUCAUUCAACUGAGACAAUGCAUGAAAAAGUUGAAAGUCAAUGAUAGAAAAGUGAAAUUUUGGUUUAAGUUUGGGCCUCAUUUUGAAACAAGCAUAAGACUUUUAUCAACUAACAUAGAUAUAUAUAAUCUUAUUUACAAAAUGCCUGACAAUAGAGAGGUGGAGAUAUCUGUUGAGCACACAAAUGAAGACCAAUGGACCUAUGAUGUAGUUAAUAUUGAGGGGGCUUGACUUCAGAGUGAAGAAGGCUUGGUAGAUGUGGACGUAAUAGAGGAAAGUGAUUCCACAAGUGAAGAGUGUGAGUCAUUCCAUCACUCCGAUUAUUCCUUGGACGAAGAUGACAUGAUUUUUCGAUAAAGUCAUUAACUCUACUGCAGAGUGGAUUGGAGUUGAUGGGAAAACCAGAGAUAACCAAUUUAAAGGAAAAACUAUUGAGUUUGGAGUUGCCCCCAGCAUGGCUAAGAUUCCUAGUGACACUCCAGAAAAUGAUUGUGCUGCAUCAGAUGAUGAACUAAUAAGUUUGCAUGGAGAUUCAGAUGAUGAAAAUGCACAAAAAUCCAUUGUUUUUAAUGCAAGAAGAGAUCUGGAGGAUCCAAAAUUUGAGUUUGCGCUUAAUAUGAUUUUUAGUAAUAGUAAGGAGUUCAAAUGGGCAGUUGAAAUGCAUGCUGUGAUGAAGAAAAAAGACAUCAAUUUUAAGAAGAAUGAAAGCAGGAGGGCGAGGGCAGUUUGUAAAGUAUCAAGCUGCAAAUGGUUCAUACACGCAUCAAAGGCUAAUGAAGAUGAACCUUUCAAGAUCAAGACAAUAGGUCCUGAUCAUUCAUGUGCCAAUCAAAGAGAAAACAAAACUAUUGACUCAGGGUUUUUGGCUAAGAAGUACGUAGAAGAGUUUAGAAUUAAUCCAAGUUGGGGUGUUAAAGAAUUUCAAGCUCAUGUGAUGAGGAAGCAUAGUUCCACACUCAGUAGGCAUCAAUCUUAUAGGGCAAAGAGGAAGGCAUUAGAUCUAAUCACAGGGACUAAAGAAGAGCAAUUUGAUAUGUUGUGGGAUUACUGUGCUGAGCUAAAGAGGAGUAAUCCAGGGACUACAUGCAUUUUGAAGUUGGAUGAUAAUCCAAAAACAAUGGUCAAAAAUAGAAAAAGGUUUUUAGGACUCUAUGUGUGUUUUGCAGCUUGCAAACAGGGAUUCUUAGCUGGAUGUCGACCUGUAAUAGGGGUUGAUGGAUGCCAUUUGAAAGGGUACCAAAAGGGAGGGCAACUAUUGACAGCAGUAGGCAUUGGUGCAAACAACAACAUGUAUCCUAUUGCAUUUGCAAUAGUGGAAGGUGAAUUGAAGGAAACAUGGAGUUGGUUUCUUACACUUCUUAACAAGGACCUAGGAAUCUCACAAAACUCUUUUGCUUGGACUUUCAUUUCUGAUAAACAAAAAGGUUUAAUUCUAGCUUUUGAUGAGACAAUUCCGGAUGUUGCACAUAGGUUUUGCGUGAGGCAUCUGCACAGAAAUUUCAAAACAGAAGGUUUUGGAGGACAAGCAUUGAAAGAUGUCCUAUGGAAAGCUGCCAGGGCAACUACAGAACCUGAAUUUUCCAAAUGUAUGGAGGAAAUGUCAAAAAUAGAUAUAGAAGCCCCUAAAUGGUUCAUCAAUAAGCCUCCCAUUCACUGGUCAAGAGCUUUUUUCUCUUCCUUCACAAAGUGUGAUGUUAUUGAACAAUAUGUGCGAGUCAUUAAAUAGUGUACUU